GCCUGGUUUGAGAUGUGAGUGGAAGAUGUCGGUUUCGGGUCUGAAGGCCGAAUUGAAGUUUUUGGAGUCAAUUUUUGACCCAAACCACGAACGUUUCAGAAUUAUCGAUUGGAAGCCCGAUGAGCUUAGUUGUCAGUUUAAUGUAACCGGUGAAAAACUGUUGAUAAUACAUUGCAACAUCACGGAGUCAUACCCCUCUACACCCCCAAUCUGGUUUGUUGACUCUGAUGAUCCAAGUCUGACAGAGGUGUUGGAGCGCUUGGAAGAUGUCAGAAAGGGCACCUCUUUGCUCCUGCAGCAGCUGAAGCGUCUCAUCUGUGACCUGUGUCGACUGUACAACCUGCCCCAGCACCCAGAUGUUGAGAUGCUAGAUCAGCCCCUCCCUGCUGGGCCCAUCAACCCAGAGCGCAAGCAUGGACCAGCAGAUGAAGUGACAUCCGAGGAGGAGGAGGAGGAAGAAAUGGGCGAGCAGGACAUUGAAGACCUGGACCACUAUGAGAUGAAGGAGGAGGAGCCUGUACAUGGGAAGAAGUCAGAGGACGACGGGAUUGAGAAGGAGAACCUGGCCAUCCUUGAGAAGGUCCGUAAGAACCAGAGGCAGGACCACUUGAACGUAAGUGCUCAUUCGGGGGCCGUUUCUGGUUCGGUUCAGGCGUCUGAUCGUCUCAUGAAGGAACUCAGGGAGAUCUACAGAUCACAGAGUUACAAGACAGGUAUUUAUUCGGUGGAGCUCGUCAAUGACAGCCUUUAUGAAUGGCACGUUAAAAUAAGAACGGUAGACCCAGAUAGUCCAUUGCAUAGUGACUUGCAGGUUCUGAAGGAAAAGGAAGGGGUAGACUACAUUCUGCUCAGUUUCUCAUAUAAAGAUAACUUUCCUUUUGAUCCACCGUUCGUACGGGUCGUCUCUCCUGUGCUGUCCGGAGGGUACGUUCUUGGCGGAGGGGCCUUAUGUAUGGAGCUUCUCACAAAACAGGGUUGGAGCAGUGCCUAUUCCAUUGAGUCUGUCAUCAUGCAGAUCAACGCCACCCUUGUCAAAGGAAAAGCCAGGGUUCAGUUCGGAGCCAAUAAGAAUCAGUACAGUCUGGCCAGGGCACAACAGUCAUACAAAUCCCUGGUGCAGAUUCACGAAAAGAAUGGCUGGUACACACCUCCUAAAGAAGAUGGGUAAAGAGUCCACUCCUCAUUCUCCCUGGGAACAUAAUGUCUUUUGGGUAAAAAAACAAACAAAAAAACAACAACAAUAUAUUUUCUUUUCUUUUGGAGCUAUUUUCUCCCUUCUGACUUAUUUGGGAGUUAUAUCAUCUUUCUUGUGGAAACCAACUGGCAAAUUCUUCCGUCUGGCCUGUCGUCAGCUCAGUAGACCAGUAUCUCUUCUCUGCCUGGCCCAAUAACGGGCUAGACUGUCUACUCCCUGCUGCAUCACUCCACAGCCCCCUUCACCUGAGAAUGUGUGUUAUAACUGAGGGGCUCGGAGGUCCUGUUGCAUCACUCCACAGCCCCCUUCACCUGAGGAGAAUGUGUGUUAUAACUGAGGGGCUCGGAGGUCCUGUUGCAUCACUCCACAGUCCCCUUCACCUGAGGAGAAUGUGUGUUAUAACUGAGGGGCUCGGAGGUCCUGUUGCAUCUUUUCACAUUUUGUUUUCCCUUAUCUCUCUCUCGAUGUGGAGAACAGCCUUUUCUCCUUCCAUACAUGCGCUGGUUUUGACGACGUGGGCUCAACUAACGGAUCAUCGUGAUUAGUUCCUCCUCGGUGAGAGAACCUACCUACUGUACAGCAGACAGGUCUGACUAGAGCUGGUUUGUUCGUAUCCACCACCACCUGUUUUUAGUGUGAAGCUGUACGCUCUUACAGCCAGCCACAGCAUUGGCAGUGGGAUUUGAACUGAAACCUCUCUGUGGUGACAGUUGGAUUUGAACUGAAACCUCUCUUUGGUGACAGUUGGAUUUGAACUGACACCUCUCUGUGUUCACAGUUGGAUUUAAACUGAAACCUCUCUGUGGUGACAGUUGGAUUUAAACUGAAACCUCUCUGUGGUGACAGUUGGAUUUGAACUGAAACCUCUCUAUGGUGACAGUUGGAUUUGAACUGACACCUCUCUAUGGUGACAGUUGGAUUUGAACUGAAACCUCUCUGUGCUGACAGUUGGAUUUUAAAGCGAAUAUGAAGGAAGAUGGAGGAUCACUUAAGAUGUUUCAGUGAUGUCAUCUUUAGUGACGCUGCUCCUUUUUCUCCCCUGACUUUGUGUAAUAUUUACUGGUACCAAAUUACAGACGUUGUUUAAAAGAAAUAGUAUAUGCUUAAAUGUAUUGUUAUUCUGCUUGCUGGCUUUUUUUUGUUGCUUUUUUAAAUUUUAUUUUUUAUGUCCCAGCAGUAACAUCAUGUGCCAGAUUGGUGACAAAAUGGUGUGUGACUAGGAUGCAGGAAGUGGUCUCCCAAAGGACACCCUAGUAUCUCGAUAGUGCACUUAUUUUGACCUUUGACCUAUGGGAAUGAAAAAGCAGGAUAUGGAAAACAUUCUUAGGAAAGCAAAGUAACUCUGGAUCAUUUUUUUUUCUUCUGAUAAAUGUGUCGGUCAAAAAAAAUACUGCACGAUGUCGUAAACGAGUUGCCAUUUUGGGAUGAAAUCUAUCACUGCGUACCAUCUCCCUGCUGUCCUGUAGGAUGCGGUUGUUGAUCCUCAGUGACAACAUCACACCAGAACAUAUAUUUUUUUUUAGAAUGGUUAAGUGAGCUCGCUCCACUAAGCCGUCUGUCAUGUUUUCUAUUUAAGGGGAUCGCGUAGGGGAUGGCCUGGUUCCAGAUCUCAUGGGGUUUGGUCUGUACCCAGAAGUUCAUACCGUUCCUCUCCCAUACCGGGGUAUGCGGUAUUACCGAAUGUGCACAGAAGUUGUUGGCUCUAUUUUUUUUUUAUGCACAAAACAAUUUAGGUAACGGGGGCUCUUGAUCCAGGAAGGGAUUGAACGUCUCUGCUGUAACCAAGCAGCUUGAUCUUGACGUCUAAACACUGUGCUAGCAAGUCAACAAGCAUAGCUGGAGCCCUGAGCCGGAUAUCAUUUAUUCAACACAUCUUAGAUUUCUUAUAGCUAUACUCAAUUUAAAAGUUUAUAGGCAGUGGCGUAGCACUCACUCCCAUAACAACCCCCCCCCCCCCCCCCCAAAAAAAAACUAAAUUCUAAAUCCCACCAUUCAUAUUACCCCGGUAUAGCCUCUUGUCCUCAAAUGACCAUAGGACAAGACGGCACAAGUGGACCUGGGACCAACCAGGCUGGAGCAUAGCAUGCAAGGCUACCACGGCACAACACAGUUAUCAUAGCUACAUUACCAGCUAGUUACCAUAGUCGGUUACAUCACCUGUUAGUUACCAUAGUUGCAUUACCUGUUAGUUACCAUAGGCAGCUUCAUCUCCAGUUAGUUACCAUAGUUGCAUUACCAUCUAGUUAUCAUAACUAAAUCACCAGUUAGUUAACUUAGUCGGCUUUAACUGGAGACUGGUGCAUUGUGAGUCUUGCAUAAGUUGUAUGUUUUCAAUAGAUCAUAUUUUGUGUUAUUGAAGGACAGAGUUUUCAUUGAGCAAUUAUACUAGUAUACCAGUAGUGAGUUUUAUUGGGUGAUAUAUUCUAUAGCUACCUAAAUUGAAACACUGUUAGCUAUACUGAACAAAAAUAUAAAUGCAACACUUUAAAUGAUUUUAUUAUAUAAGGAUAUAUGGAAAUCAGUCGAUUGAAAUACAUUAAUUAGUCCCUAAUCUAUGGAUUUCAAUUGACUUGGCAGGGGCACAGCCAUAGAAAGGGCCUGGGAGGGCAUAGGCCCACCCACUUGGGAACCAGGCCCACCCCCAGCCAAUCAGAAUGAGUUUUUCCCCCAGGGAGUGUUUUAUUACAGACAGAAAUACUCCUCAGUUCCAUCAGCUGUCUGGUGGCUGGUCUCAGACGAUCCCGCAGGUGAAGAAGUCAGAUGCAGAGGGGGGCUAGCGUGGUCACACAUGGUCUGCGGUUGUGAGGCCGGUUGGACGUACUGCCAAAUUCUCUAAAACGAAGUUGGAGGCGGCUUGCCAAAAGCUCAGGUGGACAAUCCUUGCUGUCGCCAUGCCAAUUGCACACUCCCUCUACUUGAGAUAUCUGUGGCAUAGUGUUGUGAAAAAACUGCACAUUUUAGUGGCCUUUUAUUGUCCCUCGUACAAGGUGCACCUGUGUAACGAUCAUGCCAUGUAAUUAACUUCUUGAUAUGCCACACCUGUCAGGUGGAUGAAUUAUUUUGUCAAAGGAGAAAUGCUCACUAAGAGAGAUGUAAUCAAAUCUGUGAACAAAAUAUGAGAGAAAUAAGCUUUUUGCGCAUAUGGAAAAUUCCGUGGAUCUUUAAUUUCAGCUCAUGAAACAUGGGACCAACACUUUACAAGUUGCGUUUUAUGUUUUUGUUCAGCGUAUUUGGAGGGGAGCUCUCCUGACCUGGUAAAAUAAUAACAUCUUAAGAUGCGUCCUAAAUUGGACCCUAACGCUCCUCAUAUGGCUCCGGUCUAAAGUAGUGCACUAUAUAGGGAAUAGGGUUCUAUAGGGCCCUGGUCUAAAGUAGUGCACUAUAUAGGGAAUAGGGUUCUAUAGGGCUCUGGUCUAAAGUAGUGCACUAUAUAGGGAAUAGGGUUCUAUAGGGCUCUGGUCUAAAGUAGUGUACUAUAUAGGGAAUAGGGUUCUAUAGGGCUCUGGUCUAAAGUAGUGUACUAUAUAGGUAAUAGGGUUCUAUAGGGCUCUGGUCUAAAGUAGUGCACUAUAUAGGUAAUAGGGUUCUAUAGGGCUCUGGUCUAAAGUAGUGCACUAUAUAGGGAAUAGGGUUCUAUAGGGCUCCGGUCUAAAUUAGUGCACUAUAUAGGGAAUAGGGUUCUAUAGGGCUCUGGUCUAAUGUAGUGCACUAUAUAGGUAAUAGGGUUCUAUAGGGCUCUGGUCUAAUGUAGUGCACUAUAUAGGGAAUAGGGUUCUGUAGGGCUCUGGUCUAAAGUAGUACACUAUAUAGGGAAUAGGGUUCUAUAGGGCUCUGGUCUAAAGUAGUGCACUAUAUAGGGUUCUAUAGGGCCCUGGUCUAAUGUAGUGCACUAUAUAGGGAAUAGGGCUCUGGUCUAAAGCAGUGCACUAUAUAGGGAAUAGGGUUCUAUAGGGCUCCGGUCUAAAUUAGUGCACUAUAUAGGGAAUAGGGUUCUAUAGGGCUCUGGUCUAAUGUAGUGCACUAUAUAGGUAAUAGGGUUCUAUAGGGCUCUGGUCUAAUGUAGUGCACUAUAUAGGGAAUAGGGUUCUGUAGGGCUCUGGUCUAAAGUAGUACACUAUAUAGGGAAUAGGGUUCUAUAGGGCUCUGGUCUAAAGUAGUGCACUAUAUAGGGAAUAGGGUUCUAUAGGGCCCUGGUCUAAUGUAGUGCACUAUAUAGGGAAUAGGGCUCUGGUCUAAAGCAGUGCACUAUAUAGGGAAUAGGGUUCUAUAGGGCUCUGGUCUAAUGUAGUGCACUAUAUAGGGAAUAGGGUUCUAUAGGGCCCUGGUCUAAUGUAGUGCACUAUAUAGGUAAUAGGGUUCUAUAGGGCCCUGGUCUAAAGUAGUGCACUAUAUAGGGAAUAGGUUUCUAUAGAGCUCUGGUCUAAUGUAGUGCACUAUAUAGGGAAUAGGGUUCUGUAGGGCCCUGGUCUAAUGUAGUGCACUAUAUAGGGAAUAGGGCUCUGGUCUAAAGCAGUUCACUAUAUAGGGAAUAGGGUUCUAUAGGGCUCUGGUCUAAAGUAGUGCACUAUAUAGGGAAUAGGGUUCUAUAGGGCCCUGGUCUAAUGUAGUGCACUAUAUAGGGAAUAGGGCUCUGGUCUAAAGCAGUUCACUAUAUAGGGAAUAGGGUUCUAUAGGGCUCUGGUCUAAAGUAGUGCACUAUAUAGGGAAUAGGGUUCUAUAGGGCUCUGGUCUAAUGUAGUGCACUAUAUAGGUAAUAGGGUUCUAUAGGGCCCUGGUCUAAUGUAGUGCACUAUAUAGGGAAUAGGGUUCUAUAGGGCUCUGGUCUAAAGUAGUGCACUAUAUAGGGAAUAGGGUUCCAUAGGGUUCUGGUCUAAAGUAGUGCACUAUAUAAGGAAUAGGGUUCUAUUUGGGAUGCUACCCUAGAAUACCAGACCUGGUUGACCGUUUGUCUAUACAUACUGAAUAGUGUUUCUGCGUUUUUCCACCUUGUUAAACCAAGAAUAUGUUUUGGCUAAAGAUCUAUUUUUGAGGUGUACUAAUAAGGAUUACGGCAUUAUGAAAGUAUAAAUUGCUCUCAUGAACUGAAAUGUGGAAGUUUUGUAACGAUGAUAUUUACCCUGUUUUGUUUAGUGUUUUCAACAUGCAAUGUGAUACAACUUCAGUGCUACUAUAAUAUGUCUCUCCCAAUUGGCACCCUAGUCCCUAUAUAGUUCACUACUUUUGUCCAAGGCUCCAUAGUCCACUAUAUAGGGAAUAGGGUGCCAUCUAAAACACUGCUCGGGUCUUAUCUGCAUGUCUACCUCCAUGCUUUUGGCUUGUAUCAGAAACGUGGGUAUCUGCUGGUCUGUGUUGUCUUUAGUCCCUAAUACAUAUAUCUAGGCUACUAUGGGUUUUUAUUUCUGAGUGUGAGAGGAGGUCUUUAAAUAUAUCUCGUCUGUAAUGGGUAAGUAUAUUUGUUGCACAAAAUGGCAAGGAUGUGCUUCAGAAGUCAAUACACCUGAACUAACAAAUCAAGUUUUUCGGAUCUCACCUUUUUCUGAAUCGGAGGAAAAUCUGUCUUUCGAGAGGUAACUAUUAUGUCCCUUUUUUUUCAAUCGUUCAAUUCAUACCAGUCUGAAUCAUACAGGCUCCCACUUAUGGAGAAAGGUGGAGAAUGGCGACGGGCUGUUUGAAUUUCUAGGGGUCGAGAGGGAAGAAAGUGGAUGGUCGUUUAGUAGUACAUCUACUUGGCUCCGUAUGACCCAAGAUUUAUGUCCCAAAUGGUACCCUUUUUUCAUUCCCUAAAUAGUGCUUUACUUUUGACCAGGACCCAUAGGGCUGUGUGCUAAAGUAGUGCCACUACAUAGGGAAUCCGGUAGCCAAAGCAUUGGUCCGUUACUUCUGCACAGAAUUUAUGUCUUGUGAUUCCCUUUUUUUUUUUUUUUUGAGUAACUUAGUUCAGCUCAGUAGAACUUUUCUUCUCUCACGUUUAGGUAGCUGCUUCCCACUUGAUACCCAGGCUCUGUCUAGAAAACAAGCCCCCCCCCUCACCUACCCCCAGACGCCGGUGGGAUCUGAGGCUGUAUGUAUCAAGUGUCUCAGAGUGGGAGUCUUGAUCUAGGAGGAUUUCUCUUCACAGAUAAUUAUGAAAAUGACGACACGGACAAGGAGGAUCCUAGAUCAGAUCCCCAUACUCUUGAGACGCUUGAUACUGACGGACUUAAGCCAUAUGGUUUAAGCCAUAAGCCAUAGGUUUAAGCCAUAUGCUCUGAUAGGGGCUAGGUGAAUAUAUUGCCACAUUUAUUACACGUGUCCAACCUUCUCAGAUCUCCACAAGUGUCUGUGGGAGGGGGUCGGUAGAGUGGCUAGGGGUUGAUUCUGGACAGGACCCAAAAUCUCUGGACGGAGGCGGAGGGCGGGGUAUAGGUGCUCAUUCACUUUGGGCAGAGUCAGUUCAGUCAUUCAUUCUGUAAUUUUAAAUAGGUUUGCACGUUCCUCUGUACUUGGACAGUGUUUUUGAUAAAAUGUUAAUCUGUCUUCUCUAUCUAGACUAAUUUGUAAAAUCAUUUUCUGGACGUCAACAAAUGGUUGGGACAGAUUGUCAAGUUUUGCACCUGUUGGUUGGCAUGCUUUGUUUUGUUGUUUUCAAGGGACAUUUUGACCAUGUACAGUAAUUUGUAAACUUGCAUCAAGUUUAUGAAUAAAGAAUUUUAAGAUUA